AUGGCCCACCCUGUAGUUAAGUUUCAUGAGCAACAUGUUAAAUUAGAAGUGUGGAAGUUGAAAUUCAAGUUAAAUGGAUCAAGAAUUAUGAUCUCAGAUUUCUUAACCAAACCACAUAGAGAAAUUUACAAAAUGACCCGAAAAUAUUUUGGUGUUAAAAAUGUUUGGACAUUUGAUGGUUCAAUAUAUAUUAAGGCCCAAGAUUUUACUCGGGAGAAGGACACGGAUACGAUUCGUCAGCUGUUAUUAGAUAAUAUUUGUGACGAAGAAAACUGCUCUGAGAGUGAGAUAGAAGACCACCUUGAGGCUGAUCCGGCUUAUGAAACAGAUGGUGAGGAAGAGAUUCUUUCUGUGACAGAACAACCACCUUCAACUGAAGACAUCCAGGCAAGUACAUCUUCAUCAAUUGAAGACCCGUUACCUUGUACUACAGGUGCUUUAAAGCCAAUAAAAAUGCCAUUAACACCAGCACAAGUUGCACAAGCAGUAGCAUUAAUUGACCAAGGGCUGACACAGCGUGAAGUUGCUAUUGUGCUUAACGUACCACGGUCCUCAAUGCAGUAUUCACUGAAACGAUACCAAGAGACAGGACGCUACACCCGCAGGCCAGGCAGUGGGGGCGUAAGGUGCACAUCGGCCCGGGACGAUCGUUUUAUUGUUAUGGAGAUUUUGAGAAACCGCUACCUGACCGCUGUUGAGAUACGCCAGCGGCUCCAAAUCGCAAGAGGCGUUAAUGUUAGUGAGCGUACGGUGAGAAGACGAAUGGAGGAAGUGAAUUUAAAAGCUCGUAGACCAGCACGAGGUCCAGAACUUCUCAGACAGCACCGAGUAGCCCGACUUCAGUUCGCAAGAGAACAUGUCAAUUGGACCCACGAGCAAUGGGCUAGAGUGUUGUUCACAGAUGAGUGUCGAAUAGCUUUACGUGCUCCAGACGGUCGAGAACGAGUGUGCAGAAAAAGAGGAGAGAGGUUUCUACCCAUUACCACCACCCAAACUGUGAGUUUCCAUGGAGGCUCAAUAAUGGUAUGGGGAGGUGUAAGUUCCGACGCACGUACAGAGUUGGUCAUCGUCGAUAAUCGGCUUACAGCUACUCGAUACAUCGAGGAAGUUCUUCAGGAGCACGUAAUUCCUUAUUCGGGAUUCAUUGGACACGACCAAUUCCUCCUCAUGCACGAUAAUGCACGCCCGCACGGCGCACAUUGUGUAGAGGAAUAUCUGGAAAAGGUUGGAAUACAAAAAUUACAGUGGCCAGCUCGUAGCCCGGACUUAAAUCCAAUUGAGCAUGUAUGGGGUAUGUUCAAAAGAAAGAUAAAGUCCAGCUCCAAACCGCCACAAACUCUAAAUGAGCUCCGAAAUGCAGCGCUGGCCGCUUGGGACAGCAUACCGCAAGUUGAUGUCAGAAACAUCAUUCAAAGCAUGCCAGAUCGAAUGCAAGCGGUUAUCAGGGCUAGGGGAGGAAACACCCGAUAUUAA